AUGGAGGUGAUGUACUAUCUGCUGUUCGGGGUGCUGGCCUUGGUCGUGACGUGGCUGGAGGUGAGCAAGAUGGGCAAGGACCGCAUCACCACCUCCACCGCCUUCGGCUCCUUCAAGAACAACUACCUGGUGGUGUACUCUCUCAUGAUGGGUAAGAAGAUGAACCAGGCAUAAUCCAUUAUCUCCAUUCCUGUGGGAUCACUCAGAUCUACCUGCCGAGGAAAUGGCACACUUAAUUUGGUGCGGGACGGAAUGUCCUGUUUUCCCAGAUCUGGGGUCUAUUAGGUGCGAAAUUUAGUUCUGGAGAUUAUAAGUAAAAUAAGUCUGGCAAGUCUGCUCCAAAGGCUUGCCUGAGUAAGCCAGUUUCCAGGUUCAUGUGCGUAGGACUUUAUCGAUGACAUUCAAAUUCUCUUCGUCAGCCAAAUGUGGAUCUGGAUUUUCUUGAUAUUCACGAUUUUCCAGCUGCAGCUAAUUUCCCUUUUUAUGCAGUAUUUAAAGUGCGUCUGAUGCAUGUUCAUGCUUCUUCUCGUAUUUCUUUGAUAUGAAAAUGUGAGAUGGUGACACCUGUUUGAUCGUGCAUAUCAGGCAUGGUAAUUCAAGUUUGUGAGGCUAAACUAACAUUUGUCUUCUGUUUCACGUAUUUAAGUUUCCUUUUUUGUUCUCUACCUCAUAUCUAUUUAUUGGCAUCUCUGUGGAUUCUUGCAGUGAGAGUGCUCUUUACUCUCCAAUGUAAAAAAAUUCAAGAAUAAUAAAUAUAAUUGAAAUCUUGCGAUGUUCAGAUUAACUAUUCAAAUGUGCAGCCAUUCUUCCCUUCUAGGCAAAAGGAUCCCAUUCUGCUUACUGAAAAUUUAAUGUUCGCCCUUUUCUAAUGUAAAUGGCUUCAACUAGGGCAAACCAACAUAUAAUGCACAUGCUCUUCUGUUUCGAUGGUUUGCAUUAUGUAAAGGAAAGAAGAUAGCGGUUGUUUCCCCAGGGUAGCUUAUUUUAAAAUUGCUCUUUGAUUUCCGCCAUGCCUUGUGUAUGCCUAUAAAGGCGAGCAAAUAUAAUUUGAAAAAUGUAUGAUUAAUACUGCAUGAUGAAAUUUCCAUGUUUGUAUGAGUAAUAAUUUUAAUACUUUUCAUUGUUUGGUUUCUUUUUGGCUUACAACACAAAAUGUGCAGUGGCCAUCCAUAUAAGAUGUUUGAUUUGUGUUUCUAUUUUCUUGUGUAACAUAAUGUCAUUUAAUAUUUUAUCGUAUUCUUCUUGUAGCUUGCCUACCUUUGUUCAUUUUUGUCAUUUGAAAAUGAACGCUGUUAGACCCAGAAGGUUUCUCCACUCCUAACCAUGAAUCUUUUGUCGUGUAAGCUUGUGGCCUAACAAACUAGCUUCCAACUGGUUGGAAGCUAGCUAGAAAUCUGUUCGUGUCUUUCUGAUCGCUUUUCCAGUUUCCAGGUCUAACCCAAAUUCUUCGGUAGCGACUUGUAGUGAGAUGACAAUGACAUAAUACGAUGUUUUUUCUUGGCAUCUGAUUUUCAUUCAGCGCUCUGAGUUAAGGGGCUGUAUUGAUGUUCUGGUAUACAAAUAGCAAGAUCUUGUUUACCAUCUCUGAGCCAAACCAAGUAUCCUACUAAAUGUGAGCACCAAAAUGUGGUGAAAAUUUUAAGAAAAUUGGAAAGGCACACUGAACAGUAUGACACAUGAAACGAGUUGAUCGUAUUGAAUGAAAUGUUCGAGUCUAAAUUUUAAUUCUCUUUCAAUGGAUGACUAUGUGCUAGAUCUCUUCUAAGGCAUAGUUCCCCUGGCUUCCAAAGCUGGGGAUUGGUUGCAGGGUCCCUACGUCUAUUACCUCUAUAGCCAAUACGGCUUUGACAAAGGAGACAUUGGGAGGCUCUUCAUUGCCGGUUUUGGAUCGUCUAUGUUGUUUGGGACCAUUGUAGGAUCUCUGGCCGACAAACAGUGAGUUUUUCAUUGAUUCCUCCUUUGAUUUGUUUAUUCGUAUGCUUUCACUUCUCUUUAUGGUGUUUGGUUUACUAUUUGUGUUUGUGUGGAAAUUCAGGGGUCGGAAGAGGGCUUGCGUGACCUACUGCAUCACUUACAUACUAAGCUGUAUCACCAAACACUCUCCACAGUACAAGGUUCUAAUGGUGGGCCGUAUCUUGGGUGGGACUGCUACAUCGCUUCUUUUUUCUGCUUUUGAGUCGUGGCUUGUGGCAGAGCAUAACAAGGUAGGAUGAUUACGGGUUUUUUUUUCCCGAAGCCAAUGCAUGAUAGAAGAGUGAAAAUUAUUACAGGAGAAAUUUAUCUGGUAACAUUGUGGAAGAAUAAGUUUCCGACGCUUCCAAGGAAAAAUGUGCAAAUAUUCAACACCAUUUGCGUAGUGAUAAAGUUUUAAAUCUUUCUGAAAGGCCCCAGAAAAGAUUGAAAGCAACACCGCAUUUUAUUGAAAUUUUGGUUGCUCUUGUCGUGCAUCGUUGUGUAGAAUAGAAUCAUACCCGAAUAUACUACCUGGAGGCAUGGUCUAUUGUUUCAUUGACAAUAUUAUUGCUAUCAUUGCUGUCAAAACAAAGCUAUUAGGGUCGUCCAGCUCAGAACUAAUCGGUAGUGAGUGGAGUGGGCCCAUAUUUAUAAUCAUUUGCUUACAUUUGUAUGGAAAAAAAAUGUAUGAUUGUAUAAGAAAUCCCUUGCAUGGAAGCUAACUUUUGGGCUUUGACACGAGGACAGCAUAUAUAGGCUACACAGACUCUAAGAAAAACCAUCGUUUUGAAUGUUGCAUUUAACUCACUUAGCCAUCCAACUCAAUUUUGAACGAUAUUUUUAGUAGAGGGUGCCCAUUUUUGUCCCUAAUAAAUUACUUUGUUGUAUUAACCAAUUCAAGAAUUCUGUCUCACUAGGAUGAUGUCAUGACUCGGCUUACCCGGAGUCAUCUGUAAUGAUGAAGUUAUUAUACUGUCGAUUUCAUUUAAAAGCUUGAUCGUCCGCUAUCAAUUUUUAAUGUUUUGUGAGGCGCAUAAAUGUUCAGAUUUUAAUUUCUAAGAGAAAAUAGCCUAGACAUAUGAAUUAUUAGUGGCAGCUCUUAGAAAAGAGCCUGGACAAAUGAGUUUGUCUGUGUUUCUUAAAUAUUUAGCGUUAUCCAGUUUUGUCAUGAUAAUUAAUGGAAGCCUGAUCCACAGAGGAGCCUUCCACCUGGUGGUCUCCAGUGUUUACUAAAAAUCAAAUCUCGUGGUUGGUUUCUCGCAGAGGGGUUUCGAUCCACAGUGGCUGUCAUUAACAUUCUCCAAGGCCAUAUUUCUUGGCAACGGCCUUGUCGCCAUUGUCUCUGGUCUGUUUGCCAACCUGUUGGCUGACAACCUGGGCUUUGGCCCUGUGGCUCCCUUCGACGCCGCCGCAUGCUUUCUGGCAGUCGGCAUGGCGAUCAUCCUCUCAUCCUGGACUGAAAAUUAUGGAGAUCCUUCCGAGAGCAAGAACCUGCUCACUCAGUUCAAGGGUGCUGCCACCGCCAUUGCAUCUGGUGAGUCUUUUCUCUGCUCAUCAUCAUCUCCUAUCUGCCGUAUUUUCCCUUCUUUGUAUAUAAUCAGCAGGCUUUCUCAUUUCAUGGGUCAGAUGAGAAGAUUGCCUUGUUGGGUGCGAUCCAGUCCCUCUUCGAGGGAUCCAUGUAUACCUUCGUGUUCCUCUGGACCCCUGCUCUGAGCCCAAACGACGAGGACAUACCACACGGCUUCAUCUUCGCCACAUUCAUGCUCUCCUCCAUGCUGGGGAGCUCCAUUGCAUCGAAGCUGAUGGCCCACUCUUCUCUCAGAGUCGAGAGCUACUUGCAGGUCGUCUUUGUGGUCUCCGGCUUCACCCUCUUCCUCCCCGUCCUGACCAGCGUGAGUACCUUCUUCCUCCGAUCUCAAUGGAUGAAAUUUGUGGGCUUUGGUCGAAUCCAGGGAUCUGAUGGGUAGAAGCUAUUGAUGUCGAACCCGCCCAGUAUCUUGUGGCUCCGUCCUCGGAGAGAAAGGGGGGGAGUAUCUCGCUCGGAGGCUGUCUUCAGCUCUUAGGGUUUUGUGUGUUUGAGGCGUGUGUGGGGAUCUUCUGGCCGUCUAUCAUGAAGAUGCGCUCCCAGUAUAUCCCUGAGGAGGCCCGGAGCACCAUCAUGAACUUCUUCCGCAUCCCUCUCAACAUCUUCGUCUGCGUCGUUCUCUACAAUGUGAGCAUCUCUCUACCCCCCCUCUCUCUCUCUCUAAGCCUUCGAAUGGAAAAUCUCCAUGGAGUUAACGAACAUUGUUGGGAUUGAGCUUGAAUUGGGAGUCAAUAGAGAUAAAUGUGUGAAUAUUUCCUUAUUUUCUUAUAGGUUAAAAACCAUUUCCAGACAGUGUCUUGUUCACUCUCAACUCUCUCUCUUUCUCUCUCUCUCUCUCUCUCUCUCUCUCUCUCUACAUACAAAUAUAUGACUUAAAAAUCAGAAAUUUCAAUGGAAUCAAUAGACAUAUAUAUAUAUAGAUAUGUUCCAUGUCUCUUGUCUUCCAUUUUUGCUGAUUUUUAAAUUUUUUUUUUACAGGUGAAUGCAUUCCCAAUCACUGUCAUGUUUGGGAUGUGCUCCAUCUUCCUGUUUGUGGCGUCGCUGCUGCAGCGACGGCUGAUGGUGAUCUCUGAGAACCAGAAACCAAGUGAGUUCCUCGUGAACCACCUGAGCUCCGUCAUUCUUCCUCUCCCACUGUUUCUCUCUCAUCACCCCUCUCUCUCUCUCUGUGCCCCUUUGCAGAGCCCGUUGACUGGCUGGCCACCGACAGGGGCGAUGAGGGAGAGCCUCUGGCUGCAUAG